GGAUAUUUUAGAUAAAAUACGUUUGAACCUAAGAUACGAAUAUCUCUGGGGUCAUCCUCCAGAGGCGCGUAUCGCGUGUUCCAUGACGUCAGAAGGACAAUCUCGUGAUUCAAGGUAAUCUUUCUUUCGAUGAUUUAUUCGAAGCGGAAAAAAAGAGAGUGAAAGAGAAACGUUUCACGAUAAAAUAUUCAGAGUAAUGGCUGCGACGUAUUUGGCAUUGUUUGCCCUGCUUUCUUGCUUGUUGGGUGCUACAAGCGAUGGUUGGUGUACAGGCUGCGGUUUCAGCAAAGUCUGCUGUAACAAUGAAUGUGUUUAUGGUUCAAAUUGCAUCGGCAGGUAUUGUAUAUUAGACUCCCAUUGUACUAGCUAUGAAAGUUGUUGCAACAAUCAGUGCAAAUCUGGCUCCGACUGCCUUGGAUUUUCUUGUUCUAUCGACUCUGAUUGUGGAAGUUGGGAAACCUGUUGUUUCGGAAAAUGUCAACACUCGUAUGAAGAUUGCUACGAUUCAACCGUGGUUAUCACGAGUUCAAUAUUUGGAUUUCUUCUUCUUAUUUUCCUGAUUUCCAUGUGCUUUAUCAUCGCUCGCCGACGUCGGAGAAGAAUUCAUCGCGGUAGGAUAAUCGUAGAACGGAGAGUAACACCAACCACGACUAUCACAAGAUGUGCAACACAGAGCAACCCACCCUACACGGGCCAGAUGCCACCAUCCUACCAGCAAGUCUACCCAUACUACCCACCACCGCAGUAUGGACAGCCGCAAACGUUUAAUCCUCCUCCAUACAGCCCUGGAACAAUGGCAGUGGGUGAGCAACCUCCCCCUUACCCUACAUCACAGGAAGGAUCAGAGGGAGUAAAUGCUCCUAAACGCUCGUAUGGCACCAUGUCAUCCGCACCUGCUGUCUAACAAAAUCACAGCAACUAAUUCAUGAUUACCAUACAUCAUCAUCAAGUUAUAUUAUGAUACACGCAGGUUUGUAAACUGAGAAGCGUAAGAGUUCUUCGAGGCGCAGCCAAGAGCAAGUCUAGACUCUUGAGCGCCCUCCAUACUUCCCAAAUACAUCAUUAUAAACUUGAUGGUGCACAGCUAAAAACAUCAAUCAUUUUAUAAAAUUGACAGAAAUAGGUAAAGUAGUUUCUCUGAUAAGGCUGAGUUAACAGUCCUCACGCGAUAAAUUAAAUUUGCCCUCAUUGCAUAAUUAUGCGCACUUAUGCAUACUCAGUUUAACAGCGCUGUUUUGCUAGCUAGCAUAAUUGAAUUCAAGUUGCUUCAUUAUUAAAGAGUUCUGUUUUAUUCCUGGGUGUUCCACUGCAUUAUAUCCUCUGUUAUGACGAUGUAGUUUAGAGUUUCAUCAUUUCUCAAAGUCAACAAACACCGAGUAAAACAAAAAUCUUUCUUGAAAAUCUUACUUAUUCCUAGGAACGCUAGGAGAUUACAAUGUUUGACCCACGCAGCAAAUUGAUGCAUCAACAUACAGUAAGUCCGUCUUCAGAAAUGUGCAGGAAAUAGGCAGCAUUGCUACACUGAUGUAAAACAUGAAUGAGGAAAAGGAAAAGAGCAAAGAAAACUGUUUAACCUUUCUUCAGUUGGUUAUUUUACUCAUUUUACCCAUGCAUUUGUCUUGUCACUCUGCCACAGUCCCAGAGCAUGGGGCAAUGAGUUGAUUGUUCAUUAAACAUGAUUCAGUUGAUUCCA